CCUGGCAACCCUGAGUCGCCUUUACAGUAGCAUUAGUUUGGUACAGGAGAAGCAGAGCACGGCUGAAGUGGAUAUGUCAGUUGUAAUGAAGAGAUUUACCACAUGUGUGGCUUUUACAGAAAAAUACACGGUUUAAAUCGCGGUCAGAGCUCGCCUGGAGGUUUAUGGGACUUUUAACGUUGUAGUAUCGCUGGUUGGGAGAGAAAAUGUCAUUGGAAGAAUAUGAGAGGCACUAUGCAUCACUCUCAGAUUCUGGAUGUGAAUCUGUCAGUGGCCCCCAUACCUCUGGCUCAUUUGGAGGCGAAGAGGAGAAGUUGCACUACAUUCCCAUUCGUGUCUUGGGUAAAGGGGCUUUUGGUGAAGCCACCUUGUACAGACGGACUGAGGAUAAUUCGUUGGUGGUUUGGAAAGAGAUCGAUCUGAAUAAUCUCUCUGAUAAAAAGCGCAGAGAUGUCAUGAAUGAAAUCAGUAUCCUGUCCAUUCUCCAACAUCACAACAUCAUAGCAUAUUUUAACCACUUCAUGGACAAGAACACCCUACUGAUUGAGCUGGAGUACUGCAAUGGUGGAAAUCUUUAUGACAAAAUAAUCCAACAGAAAGGGAAGCUGUUCACAGAGGAGAUUGUCAUCUGGUAUUUGUACCAAAUUGCCUCGGCUGUGGCACAUAUUCAUAAAGCUGGUGUCCUGCACAGGGAUAUUAAAACAUUAAAUAUCUUCCUCACUAAGACAAACCUGAUAAAGCUAGGAGACUAUGGUUUGGCCAAGAAACUGGACUCUGAGUAUUCAAUGGCUGAGACGUGUGUAGGUACCCCAUAUUACAUGUCUCCUGAGCUUUGUCAAGGAGUAAAGUACAACUUUAAAUCCGACAUUUGGGCCAUGGGUUGUGUGUUAUAUGAGCUCCUGACUCUAACCAGGACCUUUGAUGCAACGAAUCCUCUCAACCUGUGUGUGAAGAUUGUCCAGGGCAAUUGGACUAUGGAAGUGAACUCAGAUGUUUAUUCAUCUGAGCUAAUCAAGAUAGUCUAUGCAUGUUUAGAUCAGGAUCCAGAGAAGAGACCUACUUCCGAUCAGAUUCUUGACCAGCCCAUUAUCUCUCGUGUUAGACAGGAGUUGGAGGAUCGUGUGGCUGUACUCAAUUCAGCCAUCAGAAAACCCAAGUUGAGCACAGUAUCAGAGACACCGGUUGCUAUCGUGACCACUCGCUCAAGGGAGGUGUAUUUCUGGGGAGGAGGGAAGUUCACCCCUCAAAAGCUGGAUAUGUUUAAGGGUGGUAACAGUGCUCAGCAAGUGUGUUCAGGGGAAACACAUUUUGCUGUGGUUACUGUGGAGAAGGAACUUUACACCUGGGCAAGUGUGCAAGGAGGAGCUAAGAUGGUGGGCCAGCUAGGUCAUGGGGACCAGGCCUCCUACCGACAACCUCGCAAAGUAGAACGUCUGCAGGGAAAAGCUAUCAGGCAGGUGGCUUGUGGAGCGGACUUCACUGCCUGUGUGACUGAUGAGGACCAAAUGUACAUGUUUGGGUCAGACUAUUAUGGCUGUAUUGGUGUGGAGAAUGAGAUGGGAAUGGAGGUUCUUGAGCCGGUUCUGCUGGAGUUUUUCGAGGAGCGGCCGGUGCGACAGGUGUCCUGCGGAGACAACCAUGUAGUAGUGCUGACUCACAGUGGAGAUAUCUAUUCUUGGGGCUGUGGAGAACAUGGCAGGCUUGGCUUGGACUGUGAGGAUGAUUUUGCCUCCCCUAUGCUUGUGGAAGUACCAAAGGGUGCCAGUAUCGACUCUGUGUAUUGUGGGAGCGAUGGUACAUUUUUCCUUACAGAGUCUGGAAAAGUCUUGGCCUGUGGAAACAAUGAUCUUAAUAAGCUGGGUCUCAAUCAAGGAAUCACUGGUAUUAAGAACCACUUUCGGGAGGGUUCUCAAGAGAUACCAUACACCACAACUCUGACUUUAGUAAAGCAGCUUGCCCGCUUCAAGAUUCAAAUUAUUGCUCCUGGAAAGACCCAUACAGCAGCCAUCGACGAACGGGGACGCCUGAUGACCUUUGGCUGUAAUAAAUAUGGCCAGCUGGGUGUGAAAGACUUUAAAAGACAUCAGGGGGUUCAAAUACUUUUGGGGCCUUUUGGAGGGAAAGUUGUUUCCAAAGUGUCUUGCGGAGAUGGGUUUACAAUUGCUGCAACAGAGGAUAAUCAAAUCUUUGCCUGGGGCAAUGCAGGCAAUGGACGUUUAGGUAUGCCUGCAGAUCGAGGCUUUGGCUCUGAGGUGUGCCCUGCUCUUCCACGCCCCAUUUUUGGUUCUCUACACCAUGUGCCUGACUUGUCUUGCAGGGGUUGGCACACCAUCCUUAUUAUGGAAAAGGUGCUCAACUCUAAAACUAUCCGAUCAAACAGUAGUGGACUCUCCAUUGGAAGUGGCAUAGGUCCAGGCUCUAGUUCCUCUCUGGAUUUGGGUAUCGAGCCAAGCUCAGACUCAGAGCUGCGAGAUGGUAUUAUGGGUGGAACUGUGGAAGCAGAUAUGGAGGACCGAGGUCUGGAGACUCCUAUUUUUUCAAUGGACAGCAAAGCUAGUGAGAGUUCUUGCCCAUCUUGGCUUCGCAAGGAGCUGCUAGAUGCAGAGUUCAUACCCAUGCCUGCAGGAUCCACAGAUUCCAUGUCCAGCCCUAUGACCUCUGUUUUUGCAGAAAGUGCCACACUCCCAUAUGAGGAGCUCCAAGAGCUGAAAGCAGCUGCGGCGGCCACUGCCAGUGGUAAUGGCCUCAUGCAAACAGCAUGUGUAGACUAUGAGAGGGUCAAUGGAUUGGAAUCUGGAGCCUGGAAGAAAAAUAGCCUCCCGCAGCAAGACGUUCAACAGACCUGCUGCCAAGCCAGUAGUGAGCUUAUCCAAAUGCGUGAAAUGUUGAAAAAGCAAGAUGCCAUUAUCGAACUGUUACAGAAGCAAUACAAAGAUCAACUCGAAGAGAAUGAGAGGCUGUGGAGAGCCAUUCAUGAACUCAGAUUAGGACCUGACAUUUCUGGAAAGGUAAACAACAAUCACCACCAAUCAGGAAGUCCAUCUGAUGAAUAAAAAUGAGGGACAGUCUGUGUGCACAGCUUUUUAAAAUGGAUUACAGUGGUUAUUGUCCAGAAUAACCCAGUGCUGGUCAGGACACACCUUGAAGCCUCAGUGAAAAAUCUGUUUGGUGAGGCUGAGUGUUGCUUAGGUUGUUAAUCAGUUGGUCCCUUGUUUUCUUCUUACCACAGCAGGAUAAGUGGGUGAGGACUGUCUGACUUUCCAGUCACAUGAGUAUUUUUGCUGCCUUAAGGAAACAACCAAAGAUUUUGCUCUUUGUUUUACAGAGGAAACAUCAGGUCAAAUCAAAUGGCAAGGCCAUUACAUUCCGCCUAUUGGUAGUUCCACAUUAUUAGAAUGUGUUUUAAGAGUGUCAUGCAACAGGGUUGCCUUUAAAUCAGAACCUGGGUAAUACAGGUUCAGGACUAUACAUUACAGAAGCAGUCUUGACUUACUGUAACAUUUAACAUUUAUUUGGGUUGUGGUGGAAUGUAGAGCAGCAAAGCUACACUCCAUAUACUUCGCAACAAGCUUUAAGCUAUUUGCUGUGUUACAUACCUGAUGUACGUUUGCCCUCCUUUUUGGAGUUGUGUGCUUAAUAGACUUUAAAACAGCAAAAGCUGAAAAAAAUAUUGGUUGUGUACCUCUGCAUGCAUCACUAUAUGUGCAUUUUAAUGGUGUAGGUUGUUGUGAUGCUUUUCUUUUAUUGUGACCCACAGCUUAAAAAAAAAAAAAAAAAAAAAGAUGCAUGUUUGAAAAAGUUAUGUGCAAAUGUAUGUCAUACGGUUUCACGUGUGCCCCAGUUAUCUGUGAGGAUAAACGUGGAUGAAUGUACAAACUACUGAUUUUUUAGAUUGUACUGGGAUUGUAUUCCCUUUUUUUUUCUUUUUUUUGUAUUACAUUUUUUAAAUUGUCAUUUUAAAGCAAAUUGUUAUUAAUUUGCAAUGCAACAAUACUUUCUUUUGAGUCCAUUGAGUGCAGAAUGCAUAGCUUCGAUGUGUUUUUUUUUUUUUAAAUAGAAAUGACACUUUAAAAAGUACAGCAACUGAAACCAAAGAUAAUGUGUUUGUGUACAUUGUUUACCAAAUGUAAUGCCAUUUUUUUGUAUUAUUCUUUUUUUUUAAUGGAUGCACACAAAACAUUUAACAUUUUCAAGCUGUGUUUGUAUACUCAGUUUGAUAAUUAUAUACAUUCAGUGCUAAAUAAUCAGUAACCUGUAGAUUGUAAGAACUGCCACAAUACCAUGUUUAUUAGGAUUAAUGUUGCAUUAAAGUGCUCCUCAAAAGGUUGUAUUGACCAGAUGGUUAACUAGUAAAUACAGCUUUAGUCUGUGCGGGUGCUUGUCGAAAGCUCCGCCCACUUAAGCAUGGAGGUAUGUAGAAUAUCCCAAGAAAGACACUGCAUUGUCAACAGAGUGUAGUAAUGCAAAAGUUGAUAUAAACUGAGUUUAUGAACUUGUAGAGAAGGGCAGUAUGUAACAUCAAAUGGUACUAAAUGGUAUUUCACAGUUUCUGAAACAUUUCGAACGUAGCAUAAGUGCCUUGUUAAUUUGUAAUUUAAGCUA